AUCGAUUGUCACAAUCGAUGGUAUGGUUUGAGUGGCGAUCGAUAGCAUCGAAACCGGUGUUGGAGUCCACGUGUCAUCGAAAUGGCAUUUAAUGCCAAACAUUCACUACUCGUCGCAAAUACUCUCUCACUCUUCGCAUAACAAUUCAAUUCAUAUGUUUUGAACAACUCUUCACUCAAUCGUUGCGUUAAUUGUGUUUCAAAGACCGCAGAAAUGAUGAAACGAGUGCUGCUAUCAGUGCUGUGUCUGGUAUUGAGUGGAUGUGUUUGCGGUGAAGAAGAGGCCACAACUCCGGCCAGACUUCUGAUCGAGAAGCAGAUCCUCAACAAGUAUUUGGUUGAGAGCCGAGACAUUGUCGUCAACUAUAAUAUUUUUAACGUCGGACAGAGUCCCGCAAUCGAUGUCCACAUAUCGGACAACAGCUUUUCGACGGAACACUUCGAUGUGAUCAGUGGUGUCCUGAAGGUGACGGUCGCCCGACUCGCGCCCGGAACUAAUAUAACGCACACAUCAGUGGUUCGGCCAAAGGCUGGCAUUUGGGGCCGUUUUAACUUCACUGCCGGAGAAGUGACUUAUUUGGUGAACGAGGACUCGAAGGACAUCCAAUUGGGCUAUACCUCAGAACCCGGCGAAGGAUUCAUUGUUUCUCUCAAAGAGUUUGACCGAAGAUUUUCUCCUCAUGUGUUGGAUUGGUCUGCAUUUGUUGUCAUGACUUUGCCAUCUCUUGUUAUUCCGUUCCUCUUGUGGUUCAAAAGCAAAAGUAAAUACGAGUCAAUUGUGUCGGCAAAACACGCCAACAAAAAACAUUAA